AUGGAGCAGCACCAUUUCAGUACCAAGACAGCUGAAAGGUCCGUUCACGAUGCCGAGCUGGGCGGAUCCAGAGGCGAUGGCUAUCAAGCUCCAAUUUUAGUUGUCCCCCAUUCCGAUCAUAAGGAGUUGAUUCACGAACAGUGCCCUUUGGAACGAGUCUCGCCGCUCAGACAAGAGAGGAUCUCAGUAGUUGAUGACGGUCCCAGAUUCGCGAAUUCAGCUCCACUCGGUCUAUGCGCCUUUGCGCUGACCUCUUUUGUCUCGAAUUCUACCAAUGUUUACAUAACCAAUGUGACAUCGACUGGAAUUAAUAUUGCGCUGCCACUGGCGUAUGGUGGUCUGGUACAACUCUUUGCUGGAAUAUGGGAGAUGGUGGUUGGGAACACAUUCGGAGCUACUUCGUUCUGUUCAUAUGGCGCCUACUGGAUUACAUUCGGUGUCAUGUCCCUUCUUGAAAGCACGGAUUUUGAGACUGCCCAAGAUACCUGCGCUGCGGAAGAGCUAGUAGGAGUGUUUAUGAUGGCCUGGUUCAUCUUUACCACCCUCAUGCUACUCUGUACAUUGAAGUCCAGUUUAGCCAUGUUUCUCUUGUUCUUUUUCUUGGAUAUGAACUACCUUAUCCUUGGCAUCGCUCACUUGAAGUGCCACGCAGAUGGGGAAAUCCUCACGUCAAUAAAAACGGUGGGUGGAAUCUUUGGCUUACUUGCUGCGUUAACUGCAUGGUAUAAUGCAUUUUCUGGUGUGUUCGAUACAAGCAACGGAUUUUUCAUGGUCCCGUUGGGUCAUUUCCCUUGGUCACCUGCAGUCCGAGCUCAUCGAGCGAAGGUCAAGGCAAUAUGA